AUGUCGACCCCCGGACACCUGAACUCAAGCAUGGGUCUUCGAGCCCUCAGCCUGUACCUGCUGGCCACCGCGGGGCUGGUCGCGGGCUACAUCCCACUCCAGCAGGACGGCAUAGCGUCCGCCAACCCCACCCGGGAGGCCUACCUCGCCGACCUGGCGGCCAUCCGCGCCUCCACGAGCCCCCCCUCCCCACCCCGUGCCCCUUCCUCUUCCAUCAACGACACCGACACGGGGCCAGUGCUGAGUUACACUAUGAACCAGAUCUCGCGCAUCGUGGCGGUGGACAUCCUGCAGGCCACCAUGAGCGACACGCUGCGAGCCCUGGAAAGCAUGCCCAAGGCCACCGCAGGGGUGACCGCUGCAUCCAUGGAGGACGCCGCUCCCAGCCAGUCCAUCUCGGGCGAGGGUCUCAGCAUGCCAGACGAGACACUGGCCCCCAGCAGCGCUGCGGCCUCCCCUCCCCAGCCCCGAUCCCCGCCCCCGCCCGAGUAUGUGGCGGCCUCCCCGCCGCCCCCACCCACCACCUAUACGCCCCUGGGCCGGGCCACGCUGAGUCAGCUGCCCGCUGGCCUGGUGCCACGUGUGAAGACCCUGGCCGGGGUGGGCAAGGGCUGCCCCGGCACGCGCAGCGCGCGCAUCUACGGCGCCAGGGGGGACGGCACGACCGACGACUCGGCCGCCCUGCUCGCCACCGCCGCUGCCCAGUCCUACGUCUACCUCCCCGUGGGCACCUACCUCGUCGCCAAGAGCAUCACCCUCACCAAGCCCAUCCUAGCAGGCUCUGGGACUUCCAUCAAAGUGGGACCGGGCGUCACGCUGACCCUGACCGCACAAGUCUACCGGGCCCCAAUCGUGGGUGAUCCUUUCUUCACAGGCGCAGGCGCCGUGAAGUUUGCAGCAAAGCGGCAGAUCUACCCCGACUGGUUCAUCCAGGGCGGAGAGUCCGACUGGGUGGGCCUGCAGCGUGCCGGCGACUCCUGCACCACCACCUGCACCCUCCUCCUGCACAGGAUCUUCUACCUCUCUCGGCAAUGGUAUGUCAACUACCAGAAUGAGGUGUUUGGCACCCGGCUGAGCAUGAUCAUCGCCCUGAACAACUAUGGCAGGGGCGUCAUGUUCAGACCGGGCGAGUACACCAGGCCCUUUGUGGUGCCCUCCGUCCGCCACUUCACCGGCUUCUGCGUGAAGGUCCAGGGAGGCGUGAGAGGCCUGAACCUGCAGAUCUCGACGGUGUCCUACUGCCAGGAGGGCAUCUCCUUUGACACCACCACCACCACCCCGAAGACGAUCAGCAACGUGGUGGUCGGCCACGUCGCCGCGGCGCAGUCCAACCAGCAUUCGGUGACCUUCCGCGCCGCCAGCUCCAGCGACACCUUUUCCAAUGUCAAUGUCAACAUCAACUUUGUGCUGACCAGCGGCCUGACCUACCCCUCGCUCACCGCCUCCGGCCUCGGUUUCUUUGGGGUUCCCGGCACGCUGUCCAGCACCACCGUCACCUUCCAGGCCUACGACCCUGCCCAGUUCCUGACUGUCACCCAGGCCUCCACCGUGAACAACUACGCCAGCGCUGCGGUCCAGGGUGUCCGCUUCUCCGUGGACACAUGGCUGGGCGGGCUGGUCACGCCGGGGAACAUGAUUACCGGCGCCUACAAGGGCCUGAACGCCAUGCUGAACGUGGCGGGCGGGAUGGCGCCCGAGGUGUUCUUCAGCAUGACGGGCGACGCAGCCACGUCCAUCUCCAUCGGCACGGUAGGCUCCGCCGGGGUCGUGAGCAACUUUCUGACCUCCCCCACCAGCCUUUCCACCUUCAACAACGGGGAGGCCCUCAUCCAGAACCUAGACUGGCUCCGUUUCCCCAUCACGUCAUCCUGGGCGCCCGGCGCCAUCAGGACGGUAUACUACUACUCCGAGUUUGCGGGGACGGGGAUCACCGGUGCCAAGCUGUCCUGCGAGUACGGCCGCUGGUACAACCCGGGCAUCGUCUGCGUCGGCUUCUCCGUCAAGAGCAACCCCAAGAUGAUGGUGGCGGUGCAGCUGCGCAACGCCGGCGCCACCACCAUCCCAGGGACCGCCGGCAUCGUCUUCUUCGUCGGCGUGCAGACUGGCCCCUGA